AAAAGACAUAGAUAAGGAAAACCAACACAGACAAAGCUUCCUCCAAAACCCAUCACCUCUCUCUCUCUCUCAGCCGAAAACAUGGCGAGGCUGAGGACGGCCAUGGAUUCGGCGUUCUGGGAUUUGGACGUGGCUACGCCUCGAGUCCUUGAAGGCGCGGCCAAGGCUGUACCGGGUGAGCCAUUCCCCAUGGACGCUGCUCGAGCAAGUCGAGCAAUUAGAAUACAGCAAGUCUCCUUCUUGGGAAAUGGGUUUCCUCUUGGCAUUAUCCCUUCUUACUCUCCCACUUCAUCCAAGGACUUGGGUUCUUUCACUCUUCAAUCCCUCUUGCUCAAGCCCGUCACCUCCAACUGGUGGGUUGGAUUUAUUGGGCAGUUCCGACCGAAGAAACUGAUAUCUUCUAUAAAAGCUGAAUUUACAAGUGAGGAUACAGAUUUCCCUUCUUUCAAAGAGGUGGCAAAGCAUGUUUUGGAAAAGUCACUUUAUUCAUUUGGAUUAUCAACACAGUUUUCUCCGACUCCCUCUUCGUUCAUAAGGUGGAGCACAGAAGGGCAUGGUGAGGAAAAGCGACGACGCCACAAAAUGAUGCUAUUUCAGAAGCUAACGAGUCAUGAUAUCACUUUUGAGGCCGCUUGGCCUCAGCUAUUCAUUGAUCAUAAAGGACAAUAUUGGGAUGUGCCAGAGUCAAUAUCCUUGGAUCUAUUAUCCCUUGUUUCUGAAUCUGGAUUCCGAUAUCGCCUUGGAUUGCAUAAAAGCAGUGGUCAUCCUGAUGCACUAAGUGCUCAAAGUGUUGAUGCUCCUACUUCUAUUUUGCCUGGAUUAUGUGCAAAAGCUGCUUUUUCUUAUGAGAAAAGCAAGGACUUCUGGAGGAAGGUUCAGACUCGGGAGGAUACAAUUGAGAAGACUGACAGGGGGUUGUUUUGGCGGCCUUCAUAUGAUGUGCGUCUCAGCGAACCCCAUUCUGCAAUAUCUGGAAUUAUAGGUGGCACCUGUGCUGCCUGGUUCGGGGAGAGGGCGAGCUCAAUGUGUGCUGAAUCAAAAGAACAUGAGGGCAUUUCUUCAAGUACUAAGAAGAGAAGCCCACUGAAUGCUGAUUUAUUUGGCUCAGUUUGCUAUACUAUCCAGCAUGGGAAUUUUAGAAAGUAUUAUGGUGAUCUAACCAGAGUAGACGCUCGGUUGGAUAUUUCUUCCGUGUCAGCUUUUGCCAAAAGGAUUCUCGACGGUUCCAAAAGUUCCUCUUCUAAAAUUGCAGAAGAUCCAAAUUCCCAUCCCAGGCUCAAUUUGAUCUUUCAACAGCAGGUAGGAGGGCCAAUUGUGUUUCGAUUAGAUUCGAGGUUCUCACUCGACUCGUCUUCUGGGAAACAUAAACCUCACAUGGAGGAUUUAAUUUGCAGCUUGACUUACUCCUUCAGGCUAAUACAAUCAGGGAAAGCUGUUUUCUGGUAUUCUCCAAAGAGAAAAGAGGGCAUGGUUGAGUUACGCGUCUACGAGUUUUGACAUGAUUCUCUGUGCCUAGUUUAAAUAUUUUGUUUUCAUUGAGUUUUUUUUGGAGGGAACUAGACUGUAGAAAAUACCCAAAAAUGAAAAAGUAGAAGGAAAAAAGAAAGGUCAUUUCUGUUUGAA